AUGUCCAGUACAGUCAUCCAAAUUUUGCACGAAACGGAUCGGAAAACUUGGAGCUACGGAUCUGAUUAUGUCGAUGGGGCCCUGAGACUGUUCAGGGUGGACGACCUCCUCUCUCAGGAUAGCACGAUUGUCCUCUUGGAAUGGAGGGAUCUAGAUGUGAGCCAAAGGGGCGACGGGUUCCCAACAUAUGCCGCAAUCUCGCACUCAUGGUCGCCCAGCGUCGAGGUCCAAAAGCUCAGCUCGAUUGCCAAUCGGCCUUUGGAUAUAGACAUUGGGCAGGAUGCGCCGCAUCAGAUCAGCUAG